UUGACAAUACUUCGUGCUUUAAACUGAUACUAACUAUUUAUUUACUCGUAAACAGUGUCUGAAUUAUCAUGAAGUUUGUCUAUAUGUUUCUUCUUGGAUUCGGUGAUGUGGUUUUGGGAAAUGAUGUUACAUACCCUCCACUUUCAGAACUGGAUACUAAUAAGACGAACCUAUCUAUAGGAUGCCUGCUACCAUUAAAUAACAUCUUUGGAAGAAAAUUAGAGGCCAUUGCACAAAUAGCAAUUGAUGAAAUCAACAAGAGAAGUGACAUACUCGAAAACUACAAUUUAGUACUAUAUAUUAAAAAUACAUCAGCUCCAGGGCCUCCCACGGGACCCAGCGCUGAGCGACUCGCUACUGUUAAAGCAUUUGAGUUUAUAGAUGGAAAUCCAAUAGUCAAUAUGAUCUAUGGUAAUUUAUUCACCAAAAACACGGAGAAGUCUGCGUAUCUCACAAGUACUUGGAAUAUCUUACAGGUUGCUCCUUUGGCAAACUCAUUGGUUCUUUCUGAUAAAAAGAGAUAUCCAUACUUCAUCAAUGUAGUAACGAAUAGCAUUUUCCUAAAUGAUCUGGUUACCCAUUUUAUAACGAAAAAUAAAUGGGACAAAGUCGCAAUCAUCGCUGAAAUUGGAUUUGACCAUCUGGGGAAGCAUUUGGAAGAUAAGCUGAAAAGAAACAAUGUGACUGUAUCCAACUUAUACAUAGUGGAGGACGAGGAUGAUCCAACUGACACAAUUGCAGCAAUUAAGGAGUCUGGUGUGCGUAUUAUUGUGUUCCAAGUCUAUCCCAUCAUGUAUUCCAAACUUGUAUGUGAGGUAUAUAGACACAGCAUGUAUGCUCCAAGAUAUGUAUGGAUAGAUAAUAGAAGACUAUCUGAUGACGUGAAAGAUUAUUAUAAAUCAUAUGGUCAUGGCAACUGCACAUGGAAUCAGAUAGUGACCUCCGUGGAAGGAAUGUUUGGGACAAGUACAAUAUCAUAUCUCAAAGAUUUCCCGGACACAAUAACCAUAGGAGGCAAUACUAUAAAAACUUUGUCUGAAAUAGGCGGCAUAAAAGGGGGUGAUCAGCGUUUGUACGGAUAUGACGCAAUAUGGACUAUGGCACUUACCAUGAAUAACACCAUCAAAAGGAUAGCACCACAUACUUUGGAGGAGUUUACAUACCAACACAAAAAUUACACAGAUAUUUUUCUGGAGGAAAUUAAAAAUCUGUCCUUUGUUGGUGCAACGGGACCUGUUCAGUUUUCUGAUGAAGGAUCAAGAGUGGAGAAAUUAAGCCUUCGACAAGUCAGAAAUGGAACGUAUAUACCAAUCGGUGUGUAUGAAAGAACAACAAAAGUUUUAGAUUUUGUGAAGAGCCCCGAGUAUAUGUGGGAACCAUUUGGUAAAACCGUACCAAGCUCUGAAACUAGGCUAGAGCACAAAUAUUUACGAGUGUCUGCAGUGUUGUUUGGGAUAUACGUAACACUUUCCGUUGUUGGAAUUGUCAUAUGCCUUGUAGAUAUGAUUCUAAUGUCGGUUUACAGAAGUCAUAGUGGCGUCGUGCAGGAUUGGCCAAUCAUUAGAACACUAGUGUGUUUUGGUUGUAUUGUCCUAAACAUCGCUGUUAUCCUCAUGGGUAUCGAUGAUUCAAGCUCUGGUACGAAUGACUACCAGGGUGCUUGCCAAACUGCAUCCUGGAUGUUUGUAGUUGGCUACACAUUAGCUCUUGGAGGGAUGUUAGUCGAUUCAUUUGCCACUUACCAUUUCUACACUAAGGGAAGUGUAACAAAAUCAGUUAAACAAGAGUUGAAGUACUGUGUGAUAUUAAUACCUUGCCUUGUGUUAGAUAUCAUACUGCUGAUAUUGUGGCAAGUGGUCGAUCCUCCAAGGAUAAAGACAGAAUUCCUGCAGAAAGAGUAUGACGAAAGCCAAGAUACAAUUUUCCAAACAGCGAUAGCUGUCUGUGAUUCCGAGAAAAUAAAUGGUUGGAGAAUUGUGAUGAUUGUGUAUAAAGCAAUCGUGUUGCUAGUUGCUACAUUCACUACAUGGCCUGCCUGGUUUGCUGCCCAUGGAAAGGGAUCUGCGAUGAACCAUUAUCUUGGCAUCUGUGUUUAUGUGACCGUUCUUGCUGCCUUGAUUGGUGUUCCUGUCACACUUACUCUUGGACCCAGCCCAUCGGCACACUAUGGUGUUGCUGGAGGUUUUAUUCUGCUUUGUACCAUUUCCACUGGAAUUGCCCUACUUUAUACUAUCUUGUCGGGUAAAAGAGACCCCAAUCCAAAUAAUGUACCUGCGUUGGUUAAUAUUAUAAACAGACGUAUCAAUGAAAUGUCAGUUACAAAUAGCAAAGAUAAUUCAGGACAUUUUGAGACAAAAUAA